GGUACAGCCAGCAUCACGCUGCACAAUGGUUUCCAGGCAGUGAAAGAGCGUGAUUCAGCAAGCCACUCUCCUUUUUCUUCUCUUUUAUUUCAUUAUUAUCAGACAUUUUGCCUUUCCUUUUUCCAUUCUGCUUUACCCGCUCCCCCAGGCUUUUAUUUAGUUCUUCAAAGAAAAAAAUUGCUUUUCCUUGAAUUCUGCUGCCUCUCUUUUUAUUUUUUUAUUAUCAUUAUUAAUAGCCCAUCUUUUCCUCGGCACUGUUUGGAAUGUGGUUUAAAAAUACCACCUAAAAUCGCAGUUUGGGGGAAAGGUUGCUGGACGAGGAGAUUAGUUCGCAAGCACGGAAUGGGCUAGCAUUAGAAACCUGUACCUGCAGCAGGCCAGAUUCAAAUAUCAGCUAUGGCAACCAAUGCAUGAAGUUGACCUCUUUGAACCAUUUCCUAUAGACGAGAUAUAGCACACGCUGUGGUAUUUAUGAGCCGCCAUUUCUUGUACAAUUGUGGUGAACCUACCCUGGAUGUGAAGAUUGCCUUUUGUCAGGGAUUUGGGAAACAAGUGGAUGUGUCAUAUAUUGCCAAACAUUACAACAUGAGCAAAAGCAAAGUUGACAACCAGUUCUACAGUGUGGAAGUAGGUGACUCGACCUUCACAGUUCUCAAACGCUACCAAAAUUUGAAACCUAUUGGCUCUGGGGCUCAGGGAAUAGUUUGUGCUGCAUAUGAUGCCAUCCUUGACAGAAAUGUGGCCAUUAAGAAGCUCAGCAGACCAUUUCAGAACCAAACUCAUGCCAAGCGAGCUUACAGGGAGCUGGUCCUCAUGAAGUGUGUGAAUCAUAAAAACAUUAUCAGUUUAUUAAAUGUCUUCACACCACAGAAAUCUCUGGAGGAGUUCCAGGAUGUUUACCUGGUAAUGGAGCUAAUGGAUGCCAAUCUGUGCCAGGUCAUUCAGAUGGAGCUGGACCAUGAACGAAUGUCUUAUCUACUGUACCAAAUGCUGUGCGGCAUCAAGCAUCUUCACUCUGCAGGAAUUAUUCACAGGGAUUUAAAACCAAGUAAUAUUGUGGUAAAAUCUGACUGCACAUUGAAGAUUCUGGAUUUUGGACUGGCCAGGACUGCGGGCACUAGCUUCAUGAUGACUCCGUAUGUGGUGACACGUUACUACAGAGCACCAGAGGUCAUCUUGGGAAUGGGCUACAAGGAGAACGUGGAUAUAUGGUCUGUGGGAUGCAUUAUGGGAGAAAUGGUUCGCCACAAAAUCCUCUUUCCAGGAAGGGACUAUAUUGAUCAGUGGAAUAAGGUUAUUGAGCAGCUGGGAACACCCUGUCCAGAAUUUAUGAAGAAACUACAGCCAACAGUACGGAACUACGUUGAGAACAGACCCAAGUAUGCUGGCCUCACUUUUCCCAAACUUUUUCCAGACUCCCUCUUCCCAGCUGACUCAGAACACAACAAACUCAAAGCCAGCCAAGCCAGGGACCUUUUAUCAAAGAUGCUAGUCAUUGAUCCGGCCAAGCGAAUAUCAGUAGAUGAAGCCUUACAGCAUCCAUACAUUAAUGUCUGGUAUGACCCAGCAGAAGUGGAGGCGCCUCCUCCUCAGAUAUAUGAUAAACAGCUGGAUGAAAGGGAACAUACAAUUGAAGAAUGGAAAGAACUCAUCUACAAAGAAGUUAUGAAUUCUGAAGAAAAGACUAAAAAUGGCGUAGUAAAAGGACAGCCUUCUCCUUCAGGUGCAGCAGUGAACAGCAGUGAAAGCCUCCCUCCAUCCUCAUCUGUCAAUGACAUCUCAUCCAUGUCCACUGAUCAAACACUGGCGUCUGACACAGACAGCAGCCUGGAAGCUUCUGCGGGACCCCUCGGUUGUUGCAGGUGACUAGCCGCCUGCCUGCGAAACCCAGCGUUCUUCAGAGGAUGAUGUAAUUUAGGGGGAAAAAUUAACAGGAGUUAAGAGAUGAAAAGGAAGAGAAAUAAAAUACAAAGAUUUAAAGGAAACAAACAAAAAAAAUCUUUUCAGCCUGCUUCUCCUACAGAGUUAUGUAAUGCAGCUAAGCUCAAGUGUAUAUUUAACUUAUAGUUGCUCUGCUUUGGUCUUCUUCCAAUGAUGCUUACUGGGGGAAAAAAAAAGGAGUCGAAGAAUCCUUUUUUUUCCUCUUCCUCUAAGAUUUAUGGCUGCAAAACCAGCAACCUGCAACUGUCCCUUUCACACUGGCAUGACAAGGUGUGCAGUAGCCACUCAAAAAUGUAUGAGUGUGUAUCUGCCUUCACUCUCUGUUUUGUCUUAUUCUGCCUAGUGAGGCAGAUAGGGAUGAAAUGUGUUUUUCUCAGUAUACAAAUAGCACGUACAUGCACAUGCCAAUAGAAUUCUGGAAGUGUAUGCAGCUGUGUGUCACCAGAAGGACACACAUCUGCAUAUGUACUCAGUGUGCACUGCAUAACUAAAUGGCCCGUUUCAGGUGAACUGCAUAGAUACAUAUGUGAUAUAUUAGCAGUAUAUACUCUAUUUGUUUGUUCAACAUUAGGCUGGAUAUCUUACAUGAGGAUUUGUGGAAGUGAAAAUAACCACAUCAAACUGCAGCUCCCUCAGACACUUGAAGAUGUAGCAACAAAAUUUCUGCUGAGAGAAAUAUAUAUAUUUUGAAAUAAUACCUGUUUGUACUGAAAGAAGACGACAUAGAGCUUCACAUAAAAAUGUUUUGUGUUUUUUUUUGUGAGUGUUAACACUUGUUAUUCUGAUUUUUAGAGCAGAUAUGCCAAGCUAUGACCGGGUUAGAAGGAAGCACAUGUAUCUUUGCAAGCUACAGGGAACAAGAAUGAAGUUCUUUUACGUGUGUCUAAGCCCAGAAAGAUUUAUCUCAGUGAGCAACCUUUCCUGUUAAUAUUGAGUGAGUUAUCAUCUUAGUUUGUAGAUAUGCUUGCUAUUAUUAGUUACAUUGUGUGUGUUUGUGUGUUAGGGGGUAUGACAAGGUUGGGGAACAGAUUAUGGUCCAAAGGACAUCCACAGUUUAUGGGGUUUUUUAUGUCUAGGUCCUGAGUAAGUCAGUUGAAUAGAGGAAGGAUAUUUGCAGCCCGCUCCCUCUCAGAGUGUUUGCUGCUGAGAGGUUGUGUUCCCAUUUAAUCAUUUCCUUGCAGGAAUCUCCACGACUAAGAGAACAGGCCUUCUGUAGGUGCUUUUGGCUAUUCACUUGCCUGUGACAAAUCAUCUAACUCCCCAGAAGGUUUUAUUGGCUGUGUUACAUGGAAAAGAUUGACCAGGUGAAUAGGUCUAGUAGUCCUGUAUUCUAAGUAGUAGCAAACAAUACCAGCUAGUGCACUGGGCUGAAAGGGUCUAAUCAGGUGUCUUAGGCAGUUUUGCUAAGUUCCAAAGAACCCAGCAAGGACUGAAAAUCAAAUGGUUUUUUGUCAGAUAAUAAUAAGUAGGAUUUCCGGUGGUAAAUGACAGCAUUUUUUUUAUCAGAGAAUGGCAAGACUAAACACAGCAAUUCAGGACAACUGAUCAUUUUACCAGCCAAAACAUUAAUUAGCAUUUCACACUGCGAGAGCGCAAUUAUCUGAGUUGGAAGUCAACUGAGACCUGAGGCUCCCAUCUCUCCUCUUACCAAAGUGUGCCGUGUAAACUGAAAUGAGGUAACUCACACUGUUAUACUUUUCCAAAUGUCAGAAAGAUAAAUUGUUUAGAAUAUGUUUUUGGAUAUUUUAAAUUCACUGCUAUUAACUAUUCAAACUUCUACUAAAAUAUAGCUGUUUCGUUAGGUAGCUCACAAAUCUGCCAUUCUGUGGUUAGGAGAAAAAUCUGAGUAUCAAGUGACAUUUUGUUCAAAGGAAAGAAAGCUAAUAAUAAACUUCUCCUGAGGGGUGGAAUAAAAGUUAAAUGGGUAUUAAGUAAUUUCAGAGCUGGUAGCUCUAAGCAGUCUCAAAAUUGCUGUAGGAAAUGUUUUUCCCCCCAGGUAUAUUUUUGGUGGAUUUUUUAAAAAAAUUUAUUGAAAAUAAAAUUAGGUUGACAAUUUUCUAAAAACUCAGAGCAGUAAUUGUGAAAGCAAUAAUUUACUACUGCUAAAAAUAUUUAGCAAUAUUUUCUCUUAAGCCAUGAAACAUCAAGUCAUUGUUUAGUGAUGCAACUCUCAGUUCAAAGCCAAUGAUCAUGAAAGUAUUCAAAGGUAAACAGCAAUGCUUUGUGGAUAUGAAGGCAAUAACACCCAGGGUGACUUCUUAGCAAUAACAGAAAGUAUUACUUCCAGAUUUAAAUCAUCACAGAUACAUACUAAUAAAAUACAGAUAAUAACAUCCAGUUUACAUCUCUUAGUGUGCACCGUUUGGGUGUGUUAUUUACCAAAAAAAAGGGGGCAAGUUUCUCAGAGGCGCGAAGUUGUGUGUAAGAGGAACUGCAAAAAUACCACAGAAUUAUAAACUAGGAAUAAUGACAGUGCAUUGCCAAUAAUAUUAAGAAGAUGUGGCAUAGGCAAUAGCAGAGAAGCCGUUUAUAGUAAAUAGAUGCUUUUGGUGGAGAAAAGCUCUCUUGUGUUUCAGCUGUCAAAGCCAACAACUGACUUAGCCCCAGGAUAUUAUUCAGUCUUGUUUGGGUUCAUGAGUGCUGGGGGAAGAACCAGUCACCGUAGAAGAUGUCCUAGUGAUGAGUGCUAAAUUAACCCACAACCUAGAAGGUAUUUAGCUGUAUUCGCAAAAGCCCUGAUUCUGCAAAACACCAAUGCAUAUACAGUCUUUCCACUGAGAUAUAGGGAUGCACACAUAAUUUUAACUAGCACAUACUUUUGUCCUUUGCUUAGUAGUGAUCGAUCUAAGCAUGUGCUUAAGUGCCUUGUUAAAAUGGGGCCUACAGCAAUUAUUGCAUCUCUUUUUGUCCUUAAAUUAGUCAGUCUCCUUUUUGAGAAGCUCUGUCUGUGGGGGAGACUUAGGGCUGUCCAUAUUGGACGCUAGAAAAAAAGCCAUCAAUGAAAAAAAGCAAUAGUUCUUUACAGUUCUGUUCUUGCCCUUGUAUGGUCCUGUCCGAACUGAAAUAGCAACCAUCGAAUAGGAAUCGUAUCCUUUGUUUUUCUCUGGGUCAGGAGGGUGGUGCUGCCAGCUGGUGCUUUACAGGAAUGCAUGCACAAUUGCAGUACAACUGCAGUUAAGGAGUGCAGUUACUGACAUUGUGUAACUAUCUUAGGGUAAAAACAAUUCUUACAGAUCCCAGAAAUUUGCGAUCUUCAAGCCUUUUCCUCUCUAUUCCAAUAUUCUGUGCAGCAUGAUGUGAUAGAUGUUUCUCUUCUCUUUCUUGCCAAUGAUCUUUCAAAUCUACCUCUUUGUUAAAAUUACAGUAAAUACUACUUGAAUAGCAGUUUACUCCUCAUUCUCUGAGGUUUGCAGUUGUGGUAUAACUGCCACCAUUGCAGAGAUGUAGAAAAUUGGGAACCCAGAGUUUUAUGAGCGAUCUGCCAAGGCACUAAAGGGGCCGUCUGUGAGCUUAUUGCCAGAUGUGCACAGGUCCGUAUCUUCCAACAGCAUGCAUGGGAGCUGGGCACCUUGCUACUUUUGAAAAUAUGCCUAAGAUAGUACCUGCAUCUUAAGUGCCUGAAGACCCGAAGAAAUUCUGUCCUGUGUGGCUUGCUUAAGUCAUGUAGACAGCCAUCAGCAGAGUAAGGAAAAUGACAGAAGCAUCUUGAUUGUCAGUGGCUGCUCAGAGCACCAGCUACAAAAAAUAGCUUUGAGAAAAGAGAGGAAAAUCACAGAAGAACAUUACUGCUUUAUUUUCAGGUGAAGUAUUUCAGGAUAGUAUUAGAAAUGUAGGAAAAUGAUAGAAUUGCUCUUAAAAGACCUCCCUCUCUUUUUCUUUUCAAUGAUAAAUUUAAAGGAGCAUGAAAUACUGAUUUGCUUCAAGCUGAUGAAAGGUUAUGCAUGUUUUCAAUCCAAAAUUUCUAUAGUUUUUGAAAUUGGUCUGCAAAUACUGACUCGAUAGCUGGAAAUACUAUCUUCUGAGUUUUGACUUCAUUCCAUUAGAGCAUAAUACAUUUUUAGAGAGAGAAAAUAUGUCUUUGACUUGGUCGCACAUUGAUUUAUGAGAAUUGUGCUGCUGUUAGAAAUCCUCCCAUAUUACCUAGAAUUCCCUGGCCCAGAUACAUAAAGAAAUCUUAGCAAGUUUUUAUUACAUAAAAAAGAGCUUCAGUUGGAGUGCAAGUAUAGUAGCUUGUCGAAGGAAGCACCGGAAAGCCUGCUCAGAUACUUCCCUAAUGCAUUCAUGUUUUUCUCUGGAAAUCACCAGUUCCUACAUGAUACAGGCCUCAAGAGAUUACACAAACCAGAUGAUGAUGUAGCUGUAUCACUGUUCUAAACUUAUAACCAAGAAUAAAUUCAUAGGUAUGGUUUUACCUUCAUACUUAUUGCUUUACCUUCAAGCUUUAGGCUAAUGAUACUGAAACAACUAGACUUGGUACAGUGCCUUUAGGAAGAUUUCCAAAAUACUGCUAAUUACCAAUUUGGAUUGUAUUUUAAUAUUUAUCAGUGAGUGCCAUUGAUAUUUUUUUCUACCAACAGACUUUCUCAUGCAAAUAGGCUGAUAGUCAAGAUCAUGACUGUUUGCCUGACAGAGUCAGUUUCAGCAAGUCUCCCAGUAAGAAAGCAUGGAAAAAUGUUUGGGUUUAGUAUUCAUUGUAAAAUGUAAUUGUAAUAUUAUAAUUCAAAAUAACUUUUAAUAGCAAAUUUUACUUAUUUAUAUUACAAAUGUUGCAGUAUUUCAAAGGAUCAAAAGUGAUUUUACUGUGCACUUCUAUAUUUCUUUUUUUAUGCUUGUUGAGAUUUUAAUUUUUCAUCUGAAUUCAUGCAUGAAAAAAAUUAAAAUCUCAAAAAAACCUUUUAGAACAAAAAUAAUGUAUUUCCCACCUAACUCUAUUAUGUGUGCUUCCAAGGAGAGCAAUAUGAAAGAAAACCUGCGGGGGAGAAUUACGCUUUUCUUUCAAGUCUGGCAAAAAAUAGUCUGUUAGUGGUUCACUUGAAGUUUAGGGUUUAUUUUUCUUUGCUCCUCUAUGUAUGUGUAAGAAAGCGAGGGAGUAUAUAUGAAUGUGAUUUUUAGAAUCUUAAUGCUGUAUUCAUAUUUGAUCCAAAUUCUCAAUGUGGAUAAAGAGCAUAACUGUAACAUAAUGACACAUCUUCAAGAAUCUGAUGGCUGCGCUUAUUUGAACUUCCACCACUUUACAAAGGACACAGUUAACUAAUUACAAGCUCAAGAUGACCUUUCUCUCUCUCUCUCUCUCUCACACACACACACACACACACACACACACAAACACACACACACACGCGCACACACACACCAUCAGUGUGCAGUAGGUUUAAAUAUUCCACCAAUAUGUAAUGUCUUAAAAAGGUGUUGUUUGGGGGGAGGGGGGAAUGUGUCAUCUUCACUGAUGAGCUGGAAAACAGACCUGUCCAGUGGAAUUUAGUGGCUUCUGUGUAAUGUAUUAGGAACUUGCCAAUGUGGCCUGAUCUUUUCUUUUUUUGCUUUUUGUUUUUUAAAUUAACUAUUGAUUACAAGAGGUGAACUAUUUAACUUCAUUUCUGUUCAGGCUCAUUGACCCAUGGCAAGUUUGAGUUUUAAAGAGGGUUUGAUUCGACAAAAGAAUGUUGAAAAUCUUCAGCUGAGGCUAAUGGUGCCUUUUUACCUGGGUGAAAAGCUGAAAAGCACUCAUUGAAGGAAGACACAGUCAAUUUGGGAAAUAAAUGUAUCCCUACCAUGCUUAUCAUUUCAGACAGGUAAGCCUGUCUCUUUUGCUAAUUUUCACUGAACAGGGCCAUUCUUGUCUUCUGGAAAGCAAGAUAUUUAUAAUGUAAAUAGUUGUAUUGAUUUUUUUUUUCCUCUGUAACUAAUAUGUAAUAAUCCAACACACUAUUUCUGUUAGAUCUUUUACAAUAAGGCCGCUGUAUGCCUAAAUAUGGUUGACCUCUGACCUUUUUCCAAGUCAGUCAUGUACUGAAAAGGAGGGUACUGGAGGUUUCAGUGUGUAUAUAGAACCUUGUAUAUUUAGUAAAUUGAGUAAGUGGGACUUAUGGCCAGUAUACAUUAAAGCCACAACAGUAACAAAGCUCCAAAUCUUAACUAGCAGAAACAACUGUUCACCUUGCCAUGUCCAUCCUAUAAUAAGACCUAAGUUGCACCUGCCUGUAGUUCUGCAUGAUCAGACUUCGAAGUAUAACUAACAAGGUCUGUAAUGUAUCAGUGUUCAUAAACGUAGAUUAAAAAAAAAAAAAAACAAAACUCCAGACCAACAUCAGAAAACCAACAACGGCAACAGUUCAAUGUUAAGACUGGAAGACGAGACAUGUCCGAUUUUGUUGCAGGGUUAUAGUUGAAAGGGUGAACCAGUGUCAGUCAGCAUAAAUGGACUGCAGUAGUGACAUUUGCUAAGGAACCGACCUUAUUUCCAUACUGUUUUGUUCUUACUCUGUUUCCUUUGACCACCUGUUGUUCCCUGUGCAUAGCACAGGGGAGAAUUUGGCCCCAGUCACCAGUGUUUUAUGGGUCAAUGUUGCAUCAAUGAUUUCUGUUCAUUUAGCAGUUGCUAAACUAAGGUGGGAAUCUCAUUUUCUCCUGUGCAUCAAAAGGAAUCCCGUCAGAGCUUCCUCAUGAGGAUAAUUCCCACUGCUGUCCUGGUUCCUGCCGGCUGACUGACUUUGCAGUGUUCCCAAUAAUAUAGCACAACAUAGGAAACCAUAUUGAUUGAGGGCUUCAUUAGAUGCGUGUUGUGCAUCUGUGCUCUCACUGGGGCUCAAAGUCAAUUAAAAUACGGAACAUACUCUGUACAUGACGCCUGUAUUACACCAUUAUGACCUUAUAGUGGGGAAACUGCUGAUCUUUACAGAUGUGGAUUUGGACCAUCUUUAUUUGGGAGGAAAGUUGUAGCGAACCUCGGUUCUUAUCCUAUGUACCACUUACUCCUGUUUGGAGCAGCUAAGUGGAAGUUAACGCGGUGCGAAGGCCUUCCCGAGGGGCCAUGCACAGAGGUGAAUUUCAUGCUGUUUGAAUGUGAUCUUGCUGAAAAGCCUGUAUAUCUAGCAGGGGAGACUGUGACUGUUCUAUAAAGGAUGUUUGUGUUGUUUACUUUAAAACAAGCUUUGCUAAUUAAAAUAGUGUAUUCUGGAAUCCUA